AUGACUGCAAAACAUAGCAACCGACCCAAAACAAACCUCCUCACCACCCCCGGUGAAAUCCGCAACCAGAUCUACUCCUACCUCCUCCCCACCCACGAGACAAUCGUCAUUGCCUCGCAGCGAAAAGACAGCUUUUCGUCGUCGUCGUCGUCCUCCUCCCAACAACACUACAUUGGCAAAUCCCUCCGCCGCGACCUCUCGACCCUCUUUCUUACAAGCAAGCAAAUCCACCUCGAAGCCUCCACCUUCUUUUACAGCAACAACACGUUCGUCCUACCGGGGGACGCCACCUCCUUACCACACCAGGCGCAAGCCAACCUGCUACUGCGCUGGUUCCUCGACCGGAUCGGCGAGAGAAACUGCUCCAACUUGAGAAGGCUAGGGAUCCCGUUCCCGCUGGAGGGUGGUCUGGGCCAACUCCAGCUAGGGGAUGGGUGCGAGCAAGCGAUUGAGGAGGAGGAAGGGGCCAAGAGGAGGAGGUUCAUCUCUGGCUUGGUGAGGAGGUGCCCCAACUUGGAGGAGCUAGAGGUUGAUCUAGGGAGAGGUGACACGCCUAGCCUGGCGGGGACGGCGCCGGUGCCGAGCAAGAUGGAGAUGGCGGGGUCGGUGGAGAGGCUGCUGAGGCAGUCGUGGGCGGGGCUCAAGGCGGUGAGGGUGUACUGGGGCGACCAGGUUAUUUACAAGCGGCGGAGGCGGCGGGCGAGGAGUCUGGAGUAUGGUAUGCCGCCUGAGCAGGUGCCGAUGGGGGAGGAGUGGGUGGUGGUGAAUAUGAGGGAUGACGAGGAGGAUCAGGCUCGGUAUCGGGAACGGUAUUAUGAGCGUCGGGAGUGGAGGCUGGAAGAUGCCGUACAUGACUUUUACUCUCCUUACUCGAGCAUCAAUCUCCGGUCCUCUUUUGCUCUGGAGAGGUACAGGGUCGCUGCGAGAGCUGCCGAAGCUGCCCCGUCGAGGGACUGGUUGAGCAGCCAGCAUCCCAGGAUCGAGUUCGCCAAGGCGUUUCUCAAGUCCCCCUCGCGCGCAAUGAGCGAGAGAAACGAGGAGAAGGAGUGGUGGAGGAUUCGAAGGAAGAUGGCGAGGGAGUACACUGUUUCCUAUUGCUGCACCAUGGCUGGAGGGAGCAGCUAUCGGACCAGGAGCAAGCGGAAGAGGACUACAACCUGGUUGAGGAACACAUUAGCACGACUCUAG